UGAAUAAUUUUUUAAUUUUUCAUCCAAAAACAACUGCAAACAAUUGUUUAAAAAAAAAUAAUAAAAAAAAACCAACUGCAACAGCAUUGAUUCCAGCUUUGAAUUUUUUGGGUUUUUUUAAUUUGGCCAUAAAAAAUUCGACAAAGUGAAGCCGAGCUGCUUUUUAUUAUCCCAACGAACACCUCUACGACCAAGCUCCCACUCAGGCAAGACCAUUUGAACAGAUCUUAUACUCCACAAAGACAAUAAAAAAUUGGGUCAAUUGGCUAAUGAUAUCGGACACCUCCGAUGUGCGUGGUGCGUGGGUGGCAGUUGGCUCCACUGACAUGCGGUUGAGGCACUGAGACUGACCCGAGGCCGAGAAACCCGCGUAGGAGUGACUCCGCUCCACUGCCAUGUGAGCUAAGCUCAACCCAUCUCCAGUCCAAAACACACAAACCCCGCAGCGGAAAGCAAGCAAUCUUAAAGCCCGGAGCUAUCCGGUAGGUAGUCGAUAUACUCAGCGACCAAUGGAGGCCACCGAACAGGACCUCAUGCUGGAGGGCGGCGAAGACCUGAUGUCCACAUCGGCCACGUCCGCGAAUGGCGAUGACACAAAUGGUUGUGGCAGGAAGUCGUCCAUAACCUCGCCGGAUCCCACAUCGUACGUGGCCAAGGCUCGAGUUACGCGGCCCACGCCGCCGCCUCCGUCGAAGAACCCGAUGCAGUUCGUCCAGAUCAAGCCCUGCAAUCUGUACCAGACCGCCCAGCAGCAGCUGAAGAAGGCCGAGGAAGUCAAGAAGUUGAAGGAGGUGAAGAAGGAGGAGCCCGAGGAGUGGCAGAACAACCUUGACAAUUGGAAAUCGUCAAGGCGAAAACGUGUCGAACACAUCAUCGAUCGUGUGGUGGAGACGAAGAAACUCGAGCUGGAGGAGCAUGAUCGAAUGCGACGAAAAUCGAAAACAUUCACCGAAAUGAUGGAGGAGAGGGCCGAAAGGGGAGGAUCCCGUGGACGUGCCAAGUUGGCCUCCCUGGCGGUUUACAACGAGGACGAGGCCAACGAUCUGAGCGAUUUGGGCAUCGGAACCAGCAGCGCCAGCGGCAAGAGCAGCCUAUCCGAGGAUUACGACAAUAAUAGCGUUAUGAGCGACCAUGCCGCCGAGCUGGACAAGGCUAUAGGAGCUGCCGGUUCUGGAGCUGCCGGAUCCGCCUCUCGGAACAUCGACGAACUGCAAAACCAUAUCAACCGGAAUGGAGGCAACACCAACCACGGCAACGGAGUGCCCAUUGGCCAGGCCAGCACCUCCAAGGCAGCGGGCAGGGAGUACAUUUCCUCGCCGGGAUACGACACCUCGUCGAGCACAGCGCCGGCCAGUUCGCCAGAUCCAUGCGAGUACACCUACGAGGGAGCGAUCCAGGACUACAAGCAGCGCGUCCAGAGGGCCAGUAGCAAUGGCAAUGGCAACGCUAACGGAAAGGCCAACGGAGAACCCAUCGCGUAUCCCACGCGACGAGGAUCGAAGAUCGAGGACCGGCUCAGUGGCUUCGAGGUGACCUCGCCCAGCGACACGCAGGAGGGCGUGGAGAAGCAGAAGGUGGACGUGCCGAAGGUGGACAUUUCCAAGCGCAAGGAGAUCUUUGAGCAGGCCAAGGCGGCUCCAUCCAACGGAGCUCCACCCACCGCUCCCAAGGUAGUGCUUCGCGACCGACUCACCAACGGAAACGGAAAGUCCAAUGGCAGCUCCGCCGGAGCCACCAAGCCGGAUGUGAAGCGCUUGUCUGGCGACAUAACCAGCAUCCGAGAUCGCAUGCAGAGCCUGGAGCAGCAGCGGAAUGCUUUCAAUUCCAGCAAGAGUGUGGAUGUGCCGGUGCCGCCACUCAAGCAGCGGCUCAACAGUUUGCAGCAGUCCGUUACCAAAGAGGAGCACAAGAAGCCGAUGGUGGCUCUGAUCGAUGCCCGCCAGCUGGAGAUCAUGAGGGGCGAGGAGGAGCGCAUGCGACAGCAGCAAAAGGAGCAGCAGAAGCAGCAGCUCCAGGCCACUGUGGUGGCACCGCCAGCACUAGUUGUGGAGGAACCGCCCGUGGUGGCCACCAACGACGAUAGCGGCAUCCACGAGGACACCAACGACGAGCUGCAGCAGCAGCAGCAGCAACUGAAUGCCGCCAUUGCGGCCCUAGCCCUGGAGGAGCGCCAGCUGGAGGAGGCGGCCAACGCGGUUAACCAGAUUGAAGCUGAGUUCGACGAGCUCACCGACCUGAAUCCCUCGCCGCUGCCGCCUUCGCCAGCUCAUCCAUCAGUCCAGGCAGCAUCAGCUCCACCAGCACCCUCAGCAGCUCCGACUACAUCUUCAAUUCAAGCGCCCAACCAGCCGGCCGCCGCUCCUCCAUUGCGGGACAUGGAAUUUAGUAUCAACGAAGCUCUUGAACUGGCGCUGGAAGCAAUCGACCGCGAGGGCACCACCAAGCCAAUGGACAAGGAGCAGCUGGAGGGUAAGGUGGAUCAGCCGAAGGAGAAGCAGCAACAGGAUCAGGAGCAGGACGAGGAGCCAGUACAAGAGCAGGCUAAGGAAGAGGAGGAGGACGAGCUGCAGAAGGAGGACGAAACAUGCAACAAUAAUGGGGGGAAGACAGCACACACCGAGGGCGGGGAAAUACCAAAUAAAACCGACGAACAGAAGCGCCAGGAGGAGGAGAAUCGCGAACGGGAGCCCAUCUACGAGAAUGUCAGCUCGACCAUAUCUAUGCACGAAGUAGAUAAUGAACAGAUAGCAACACAGACACCGACACAGACCCAAGCGACGCGUAGGAGUCACAGGAGAAGCAUUCCAAACAAGCAAACCAGCAACAACAGCCACAAUAAUGAGAAUAAUCAGAGCCCUAAUCAACCCAACAACAACAGCAACAUCAACAACGGCAACCAAAAGAGCAGCAACAUCACCGGCAAUCAAAGCGAGGCAGUAGCAGCAGCCAUGGACCCACCACCAGCAGCCACACCCGGGGACUCGGAACCGUACUACCAAGUCCCAAAGGCCACGGAACCCUAUUACGACGCCCCCAAGCACCUGAGACCCGUUCCCGUCUACGAAAACAUUGAGAUCUUUUACACGGGUCUGGAAUUAAGUCAGGUAUCCGGAGUGGCAGCUCCACCACUGCCCAUGGAGCCGCCCAAGGAGAAGCCGCCACCGCCGCCCACCGAGAGCCCACCACCAGUGCCGCAUGACGAGGGCCACGACGAUGAACUGGACGGCCUGGGCAGCAGCCUGGGCCACAACACCGACACCUGGUCAUCGGACAACACCUACGAGACCAUCUCGAAUGGCACGCGCCGCCAACUGCAGAGCGGAGCUCUGGUAGAUCCCGCCCAACCAUCGCCGCCCAUCAAGCGGAUGAACUCCACCAAGCGCAUCAAGAAGGAGCUGCGCAACAAGCGCUCCAGCUUCCUGGGCAUCGAAACCGACGGCGAUCUCGACGACAUGGAAAGCUAUCUGGAGCUCACGGUGGCGCCACCGCCAGACAUGGCCCAGCUCCUGCAGGAGGAGCGUCGUCUGGAGAAGCAGCUGUACAUCAAGGCGGGUCUCUGCGACAGUUCCGACACAGGCGAAAGCCGAGACUCGGGUGUUUCGGAGAAUCAUUCACGCCAGAGCAGCGAGCACUACACCAACUCGUCUGAGGAGAACGACACCCAGUCGGAAGCUACCCCGCCACCGCUGCCUCCGCCGCCGGCUACCUCUCAGUUGGGAGAGGUGAUCUACCAAAACGAGAACCUUCUGGCAGCCCAGACACCUCUAUUGCAGACGGUGAAGGGCAACUCGGCCGAGUCCUGGACGGAAUCGGCGACAGCGGCUGCGGCAGCCACGCAAUCACUGAGCGAAGCCACCGCCACCGCGAAUGCCAAGAUGCAGUCCAUCGAAGAGAAGAUUCGGGAGCAGGGCGAGGUCUUGAGGGUGGAGCGAGAACUAUUGCACUUUUCGAAAGAGGAACUGAAAAGGCAGCGGGAGAAUCUGCUACUCCGGGAGAGCCUGGCUCGACGGGAGCUGCAACAUGGGGCAAAGAUGCUAAUGUCCAACAACCGACGAUCCCUGCAGGACCUGCACCAUGGCCUGGGUAUCGGCAAUGGCAUGUUGAGCGCCUUCCAGCCACCCCAAGUCCACCAGCAAGCGCUGCACCCCCAGCAGAUCUACGCUAAUGUGCCACAGCAGCAGCAGGCGGCAUUGUAUGCUUACCACCAGAUGGACACCGACUACCGCAAGUCUAUGUCGGACCUCAACGAGUUCUCCAACCGCCUGAUGCUGCCGCCAACGCCGCCGGCCAAGCCUCUAAGGGCGAUGCACCUCAAUGCCAAUGGCCAUGGCUUGGAGCCCGACUAUGCGGUGAGUUCGCGGCAACGCCAGCCGGCUGCUCCAUAUGGGGGCUCUCUGGUGAAGAUCGCCGGAGCACCAAUGGCACCGCGUGUCUCUGGCCAAGGAUAUCCAGUCCAGGCUCAAGCCGCGGCUGCUUAUCACCACCAGUCGGCGCAGAACUUGAGCAACAUGUCGCGCAACACACUGCUGGCCCUGAGUGCCACGCCAAAGCCAAAAUACACAGAUGGAUGGGUGCAGGUGCAGCAGCGGAAGAGCUACGACAGCAACAGUAACCUGGCCAACGACCCGGCCUGGCUGUCCGCCCAGCAGCAGAAGCGCAAGUCCAUGCCCGACUACGGCCGGACGGUGUACAACAACAACCACUGGCUGCUCCAGGAGGCCGAGCAGCGGCGCAUCGAUCAGCUCAACCGACGAUCCAUGCCCGCCACCAAAACCAACGGCAAGCCGCUGCCGGACUCGAUUAUCCAGACGCUGACGGAGCGGGUUCAGAGCAAAGGCAUCGGGGAGCGCAAGCGCUUUGAUGGCAAUGGCAACUACAGCCAGGUCAACGGCAACAGCAAUAUCUACCAGCAACCUCAGCAGCAACAGCCACAGCAGCAGAAGACCAAAACCAGCAACGGCAACAUCAACAGCAAUGGAAGCGGAAGCGGCAGCCAGGAGAAGGUGCUCAGCGUCAGUGGCAAGAAGAAGUGCUCCCAUUGCGGAGACGAACUAGGUCGAGGGGCUGCCAUGAUCAUUGAGUCACUGCUGUUGUUUUACCAUAUCAACUGCUUCAAGUGCUGCGUCUGCCAUGUCCAACUGGGCGAUGGCCUGAACGGAACCGAUGUCCGGGUGCGGAACCACAAGCUGCAUUGCCAGAACUGUUACUCCAGCGACGACGGCAUCAAGUUCAGCUGCGUCUAAUUGCAUCCAUUUCGGUUCGAAGGAAACGGAAACGGAGAUGUUGUUGUUCUUGUUCUUGUUGCUAUUGCAACAUUGAUUGUUGUUGUUGUACUAGUAAUACAUAGAUACUAACUACUGACGUAAUUCGUAUGUUCACAUAUGCAUAUACCUUAUAUAAAGAAACUAUAUAUAUAUAUUCAUGUUGAGAACAAAGUCAAAUGCAAAUCGUUUCAGAUUAGUGUUAAUCGCUUCUAUAUAAGUACGAAAUUUUUUGAGUGUCUUUGCAUUGCUUUUUGACUCAGAUUUUAACGUUUUAUAUACGAUAUUCUAAAUGUUUAAUAAUCCGACAAUUUACAUACAUAUAUAUAUGUUUAAAAAGCCUAGCUCUCUACAGUUUUAAGCCAAGUCAAAGUCAAAUUUCAAACUACAAGGAUCUAUUGAGUGUUGAGAAUUAUAAAUGGAAAACAAAAAGAAAAAAUCAAAAAAAAAAGUUCUAUGAACGUUGUUAAAAUUUAGAAAUUGUAUAUUGCCUACAUAGAUAUAUUGAGAGAUAAACGAAAUAAUUGUAUAUUAAUUUUCCGAGCGAUGCUGACCUUGUCUCUUUUCAAACCCGAUCACUCGGGACUUCUAAUUCUGAUGUUUCCAUGUACUAUGUCUAUCCUACACACACUAGCCCACAUAGAAUACCUAACGACGUAUCCAAUGUACCUAAAAUUAUUUACAAAUACCCAUACACAUGAAAGCAAACACUAACAUAAGUGCAUAUUAAUAUAUACUUACAUAUUACCUACUUACACAAGUGCAUAUAACGUGAAAGAUUUAUUUCUAAUUGUCGUUAUUCUUAUUUAUUGUAAUUAAGCAUAUAAAUCAAAAGUAUGGAUAUUUGACAAAGUUCUUGAAUUUUACGAAUAACUUUUAAUCUUGAUCGGUAUAUGAAUAAUUUCUCUGUAAAAAAUACAGCCAAGAAACCAUUUGAAUUUCACAUAGUUUUAUAAUAAAGUAUUUAAAUGAACAAA